UCGUACGUUCGCCGAAGCACAAGUGUGCAUCCGUCGUGUCAGAGUGCAGGAAUACAAUUGUUGCCUGCCAAUUUUAUACGUUCAUAUGUUCGUCAAAGCAGCCGCAACAUGUUAAAAAUAACACAUUAAAUUCUCCGACAUUAAACCACCACCAAGCUGAGCACAUCGAAUAUACCUAAUAUUUGUAAUCUAAAAGGAGCCUACAAAUGGAUGCACAAUUUGAACAUUUAUGUCGAAUUUGUGCGGCAAACACAAAAAGCAGAAAUAAUUCAGUGGCUGAGAGCGUUUUUAUAUUUAAAACGGUUGGAUUAAAGGAUAAAAUAGAGCGGUACCUAUAUUUAAAUGUAUCCGAACAUGACCCGCUGCCCAAAGUACUAUGCAAAUCCUGUUAUCGACAGGUGGAAGCCACCGCUUCUCUUUCCAACAUAGCUAAACACACCCAGCGUGUUUUUCGUGAUUUUUUGCUGAGCACAGUGCCAAAACAUGCCCGGGAAUCCACGGCGGCACUGCUCACUGGCCCCGCAACCUCGGAAGGUAGCAUCAGCGUAACCAGCGGGAGUAACAACAGCAACAACAACAACCAUGGUAGUAGGGAUGAUUUUCGCCCCAUCGUACUAACGCGUGCGCCAGAAACAACAAUUGCAUUAGCACCUCAAGAGCCUGAUGAUGUUCUUAGUUUAAACAAGAAAGAUAGCAAUAUUCGCCAGCAGCAACAACAUCCACAGCAGCAACAUCCAAAACAGCAACAGCAGCAGCAACAUCAUCAUCAACAACCACCACAGCAGCGCGUUAGCACCAAUCUGAACAGCUGCAUCAACAUGAACAACCUAAUGCUGCCACCACGGCGAAAUAGUGUGUUUGUGGACACACGUUAUGGAUCAGCGCCAAUGUCCAUAGCACAGCGCUCCAUGCAACAACCACCGUCACUGGUUCCUUUGAAGCCGGAGGUAACUCUUUCAAAGGCCUCAAAACCCAGUACUGACAAAAAGAGCUCACCAGCAGGCGUGAUCAACUUUAUUCAAACCCACGGACGCGUUACGGGCAAUGCUGUAUCUAUAAGCAGCAACGCCGGUAACCAAAAAGCCGGUAACGCCAAGAGCAGUAGCAGUUCAAGUGCGUCAAGUGCGUCAACUGCUCGCUCUACUGUCACCCCUCCUACAAUUAGCAGCAUUGGUGUGCCCAAUUUACCAAAUAGCGUGUUGCAGCAGAAACGUCGCAAUCUUAAAAAUACUUUGAACAACAUAAAGGCCAUUCAACAGAGUGGACAAGUGUCGCUACUAAAAUCAUCACAGCUUCAGCAACCUCAACAGCGAAUAGAAGAAGUAAGCCCGCUGGUCACUACUACCGUAGUGCCACACAAAUCACUUUUCGGAGGCGAGCAAUCGGUUGAGGAGGCUCUACCUGAGCACAUUAUUAUAGCGGCGCCAAAGAAAAAACGAGAAGAGGCAGUGCUGCCACGGUCGGGUCCACCAAAAUUACAGAAAAUUGGUACUACGCCAGUUAAGCCAACAGUGCUGAGUUCAGCCAAAGGAGCAGUAUCACCAUCAGCUGGAUCGAAGGAUGCCAAGUCUAAAAUACCAGCGAGCAUGAGCAGCCUUACCGAGGCCAUUUCUCUCGGAAAUGUCAUUCGCGAUCCGGAUCUACUAAAGCUCAUACUGAAGGCGCUUAAAUGGCCAGUGACCGCUGAUAAUUGUGAAGAACAAAUGACGCGUCUGAAGAACUCAAAGUUUGCCGUAAUUAUGUCAGAUAGUAAUCUCUUGCAGGAUGAUGAUUUGACCCAACUGUUGGGACCAUAUCUUGGACCUAUGCUAGCUGUAGCUCAGCAACAACAGAAGCAGAAGCAAUCCUCGGUUCCGGCUUCACAUUCGGCCCCAACGGCUACCACGCCUUCACCAGCGCCAAGCCCGCCCCAGGAAUUUCAAAAUGUAACCGAUUUGACUAGCACCAUGCCCUACAAACUACCACCGGAAACAUCGGUGCAAUUGGUACCAUCCAGUCCUACUGAAUCGGAGGCACCAGUACCACUUGGCAGCAGUUCAAAAACCAUUUCAGGUUCAAAGCGUUCACAACGCAAGUCACGCGUUCGUGAUUCAUCAUUGGCAGUGGUCGAAGAUCAACGUAAUUCAUUUAAUAUAGCUAGCACUUCAAAUGCUGCUCGCGUGACAAACGAACUCCUGAACAUUAAUGCGAUGUUAAUCGCUCAAUUUGGGUCCAAUCCAGCCGAUGCUUUAAACGAGGCGCUCAUCUCAAUGUUAAAGCAGCAGGAGACAAACGAUCGCCGCCAAAGCAUCCGACGUCGGAGCGAUUCUACUGCAAGCGCUGGCGUUAAUCUGGAGGACAUUGUACUGAUAGAGCCUCAGCCUUCCCUGGACCCAGAAAUUUCAGAUCCGUCAAUUGAAGUUGAAAACAUUACGAUGUCACCUCCAAAAAUUCCCGAGCCUCCGCCAAUAACUCGACCCAUUAUUAAACGUCGAAGAACGGUUAUACACACAUCCAAGCAGAGUGAAAAUCCAACUACAGCCAAGGAGGAUCCUCUGCCCAUUCCAGAAGUUUGCGAAAAUAGCAGCCCUGAGACUGAAAUCUCGCCGAAUAAAGACACGGAAGUCAGUGCUGUCAUUUCAACUAUGUCCGACGAAUUGAUUAUUGAAAAAGAGCAGGUGGAAACACCACAAGAUCCAACAAGCACUGUGCUCGAGGCCACAAUAAGAGAUAACAACAAAACCGAUGCGACUGAUGCGCAUCUUAUAAGCGAUACCAGCACCAGCUCUGGUGAUAGCCCUUGUAAAUCCAGUCCUGUCAACGCACGUAAAACGACCGUAAAAUCUGCACUCGGUCAGAAACUACUCGAGGCCAUUGGGCUGCAGCAGCUUGGUAAAGAUGUCGCACCAGAGAGUUCACGGGAUAGUUUGCGAAGCGCUCUGAAACGCUCGUUAAAGCAAGCCCAAGAGCAACAGCAGCAAUUGAAACGCGUCAAGCAAGAGGAGCCUGUCAAGCAAUUAGCUGAUUCAACGACUAAGACAGUCGCCGGCGAAUCUGCGGAGGAGCACAAAAAGGCCAUAGCGGAGCGGGAGUUGGCGCUGCUAAAGAGAAAAGCCAAAAUGUCAGAGCUAAAUAGAUCUAGCAUAAAAGAGGAAAAAUUGGAACGGACAGAUGUCAGCUCUUCUUCUUCGCGUAAUCGUCGCAACCGCAAGACCAAGUCAGAUUCCAACAGUGGAGAGACAGCAUCUGAGGAGAAGCGCGCCGAGCGUUGGGAUGAUGACGAUGAAUUGCCGUUGAAAACGGAAUCGGAUAAGGCAAGCGAUAGUGGACGUCCCACACGCACCAGCAAGACUAUGUCCAAGUAUUACAAGCGACCAGGUAGUGAUAAAGCGUUGUCAGCUCAAAAGUCCCAUGCCAUGGGAACGCGUUCGACACGUCAACGCUAGACGUUAAGAGUUCACCUUAUUGAUACAAAUUAGUUAUUUUUUUCGUUCAAUAUGCGACCACUUACUGAAAGUUAUUUUGUGCCCAAGGCUCACAAUAAAAAUACUUUAAGCCCUUGAAGAAUUUGAUUAUAAUAAUUUUAAGCUAAAUAGUAUAAUGGGUUACUUUGAUAGUCGGUAAAUAAAUAUGAAACAAACGCAUACUUGUUUAAAAAAUUAUAAAA